CCGAAUUAACCGGAACACCCAAAAACCCGAACGUAGACACUCCGUUACAGAGAGUCAACGACGGCGGAGAUCCCACAAACUUAUUUAAUUAAGUGCAUGACAGAAGUCCCGGUCCAACAAAUAUAGAUCUUUUCUUACUUUUUUUUUCCUUACGUUCAGCAACCAUGAGUAAAAAUAUAACCAAGGAAGAAUCAGAAUCGUUGAAGCAAGCGUUCUCACUAUAUGAUCGCGACGGUGAUGGUGCCAUCACUGUGAAAGAGUUUGGCGACAUUUUAAAGAGUCUCAACGUGAACGGCUCAGCUCAAGAGAUUGAUUCCAUUGUCAAGUCGGUUGACAGCAAUCAAGAUGGUAGUAUUGAUUUCAACGAGUUUGUAAUGGCCAUGACACGUCAUUUGCCUCCUCCAUCAAAGAAUAGCGACCAACACCCAAAAAGAGCACAGACGUACCCUCCAAUCAACAAAAAACGACUAAGCGUACACGAAGACGACGAGCUCAAACAGUGUUUUCACGCAUUUGAUAAGAAUGGCGACGGCUUUAUCAGCCUCGACGAGUUGGAAGAGGUCAUGUCCAAGUUAGGAGAACAGUUGAGCAAGCAAGAACUCAAGGAUAUGUUGGAAGACGCAGAUACGAACCGUGAUGGCUUGAUUGAUUAUAAAGAGUUUAGAAAGCUGAUGCCUAAAGGCUUAUAGCUCUUUUUUACGGUACUUAAUUUAUACACUUUUUGUAAAUCAUAUGCACGACAGUUACAUACACUCCAUAUAAAAGACGCACAAACGCAUGCACAUAGACGUCAGUGAUUUUUUUGGUGGCGCAAGGGUGCUUGCUGCAACAUCAGAUUGUCUGUGCGCAUCCCAGAUAAAAAUUACACUCUUUCAAAAACCCAACGCAUCCGCCCUCUCCAACUUGUAGUUUAGACAUCGUGGCGAAUAAAGUA